UGGCUACCACAGCGCUUCUGGAAAGAAACCGCUCUGGGCCCCGCCUUUGAUCUCGUUGGUGGGGCUGGGGGAUGAGAGCUGCACCGCGCGGGACAAGUCGCCGGCGGCGCCCGACGGAGCAGGUGAUUUCCCUUCUAGGCCCCGGCCCAGGGCUAGGAGAGUCGCGGAGAGCGUUGACCCAGGAAGAGGAGAGAGCAUGGAGCUGGAGAGGAUUGUCAGUGCAGCCCUCCUUGCCUUUGUUCAGACGCACCUCCCAGAGGCUGACCUCAGCGGCUUGGAUGAGGUCAUCUUCUCCUAUGUGCUCGGGGUCCUUGAGGACCUGGGCCCCUCAGGCCCAUCGGAGGAGAAUUUCGAUAUGGAGGCCUUCACUGAGAUGAUGGAGGCCUAUGUGCCUGGCUUCGCCCACAUCCCCAGAGGUACAAUAGGGGAAAUGAUGCAGAAGCUCUCAGGGCAGUUGAGUGGUGCCAGGAACAAAGAGAACCUGCAACCACAGAGCUCUGAGGUCCAAGGUCAGGUAUCUGUCUCCCCAGAGCCUCUGCAGCGGCUCAGAAAAGAGACGAUGUCUUCUCCGACUGCUGCUGGGGACACCCAAGAUGAGGCAUCCGGCGCUGAGGAGGAACUGCUGCCAGGGGUGGAUGUACUUCUGGAGGUGUUCCCUACCUGUUCGGUGGAGCAGGCCCAGUGGGUGUUGGCCAAAGCUCGAGGGGACUUGGAAGAAGCUGUGCAGAUGCUGGUAGAGGGGAAGGAGGAGGGGCCUCCAGCCUGGGAUGGCCCCAACCAGGACCUGCCCAGGCGCCUCAGAGGCCCCCAAAAGGAUGAGCUGAAGUCUUUCAUCCUGCAGAAGAGCUUCACCCAGCCAGUUUUUGGCAGGUACAUGAUGGUGGAUAGCGCAGAGGAUCAGAAGAUUCACCGGCCUAUGACUCCUAAGGAGGCUCCCAAGAAGCUGAUCCGAUACAUCGACAACCAGGUAGUGAGCACCAAAGGGGAGCGAUUCAAAGAUGUGCGGAACCCUGAGGCUGAGGAGAUGAAGGCCACAUACAUCAACCUCAAGCCAGCCAGAAAGUACCGCUUCCACUGAGGCACUCGCCAGACUCUGCCGGAGCCGUCUAGGCUCAGAUCCCAGAGGGAUGCAGGCGCCCUACACCUCCACACAGGGCCCGCCCUAACUCCUGUCCCCCGUCUUUCCCUACUUCCUUGCUCCACAGUGUUAACCUCCUCUUGGAGCUGCCAUGGGCACAGUAAAGGUAGCCCCAGGAA